AUGGCUUUCUGCGGCACCAUCGUUAUGCCAAUCCACACCCUUCUCCCAUGUCAUAAAACUAACCAUGGUUACCAAAAACAGUUCUGCGUGAGAGCUUCAUCAGCAAGUAGGUUUGAUGAUGGUGAAAGAACAGUUAUAAGGAAAGAGAAAGAUGGGUGGAAGAUCAAUUACUCAGGCCAGAAACCAGCAACCCCAUUGCUUGAUACAAUCAAUUACCCUGCGCAUAUGAAGAAUCUAUCCACACAGGAUCUUGAACAACUUGCUGCAGAGCUAAGGGCAGCUGUUGUACACAGUGUAUCAAACACUGGUGGGCAUCUUAGCUCAAGCUUGGGAGUAGUGGAAUUAACAGUAGCUUUGCAUCAUGUUUUCAACGCUCCUAAAGACAAAAUUAUAUGGGAUGUUGGGCACCAGGCAUACCCACACAAGAUUCUCACAGGUAGAAGGUCCAGGAUGCACACCAUUAGGAAAACCUCAGGACUAGCUGGCUUUCCUAAAAGAGAAGAAAGCGUAUAUGAUGCUUUUGGUACAGGGCAUAGUUCUACAAGCAUAUCUGCUGGUCUUGGUAAUAUUAUCUUUAACAUCAAUACAUACAUUUUAUGA